CACAAGCGCUUGUAGCGCUAGCUUCAUUCAUGUAUUGAAGUAGCUUUAGGAUGUUUUUAUAGUCGUAGCGUCGAUAAAUAUUAAAUUUCUCGUGAAGUAACAAUGUCUUCAGUUGAGUAUUUGAGAGAGUUUGUCAAAGAGAGACUAACUGCUGCUGCUGAAGAAAUAUUCGGAGUUUUUAAAACAACUAUCGUCGAGUACGAGGAAGAGAUUGAUCGUUUGCGCAGACUUUUGGAUAUCGUUUGGAAACCUGAGCUAACAUUGCACAGCACAGAGCUCCCACAGCAACAUGUCUAUAAGGAGGAGGAAGUUCUCACUGACCAGGAGAGGAGCUCCAUUCUGGACCAAGAGGACCCAGAGCCUCCACAGAUUAAAGAGGAAGAGGAGGAACUCUGCAUCAGUCAGGAGGGAGAGCAGCUUGAAUUGAAGGAGGAGGCUGAUACCUUUAUGUUGACUCCUACUCAUGAGGAAAGUGACCACAGUGAAGAUCAGACUCUGGACUUAAAUCCUGAUAUCACUUUGAGUACAUUAGAGAAAGAGUAUGUAGUCAACUUGCCAGUUAUAAGCUUUGUGGUAUCAGGAGCACACGGUGACCACCAGCUCCUCUCUCACAGCUCUCAUGUAGCUGAGAGCCAAGAUCAGACAAGAGGCAAGCACAGAGACUCAGGAUCAAGUCGAGAUGCGGAGCCAAAACCACACAAGAGAGAUCACAAAAGCAGCAUUCACGGUAACAUUACAGGCAACCCUGACUUCUCAGAGAUUCCCUGUACAACUCACACAGACAAACAGUCUUUCAAAUGUGACAUAUGUGAAAAAUAUUUCAAGUUUAAGUCACUGUUGCAGAGACACAUGAAAACCCACACAGGCGAGAAGCCGUAUUCUUGCAACAUAUGUGGGAAAGGAUUCAGUCGCACCUCGACACUGAACAUUCACACAAGAAUCCACACAUUUGAGAAGCCAUAUUCUUGCAACACCUGUGGGAAACAGUUCAGUCAAAAAUCGGCGUUGAACACUCAUAUAAAAGGCCACACAGGUGAGAAGCCAUAUUUAUGCAACACCUGUGGGAAAGGGUUCAGUCAGAUGUCAGCACUGAACAUUCACAUAAGAGGCCACACAGGUGAGAAGCCAUUUUUGUGCGUGACAUGUGGGAAAGCUUUCAGACGUAAUGACGAAUUGAAACUCCACAUGAGAAUCCACACGGGUGAGAAGCCGUUUACUUGCAACACAUGUGGGAGCGCUUUCAGAGUUAGUCGUGACUUGUUGGUCCACAUUAGAAGAGCCCACACUGGGGAGAAGCCGCAUCUUUGCAAGAUCUGCGGGAAAACGUACUUUGAUGUGUCUCAGUUGACAAGGCAUAUAAGAUCACACACAGGCAUGUAGACUCGUGCAUGCCAGGUAUGUGUGAGAGGAUUUAGUUCUAGUGGUUCUCAUAGAAGCAAUAAGCCACACAAUUAUAGCACUUUUGGGAAAAGUUCUACUCCAAUCACAUUCUUGAAAAGAAAAAAAAAGAGAGACCAAUAUACACAGGAGAAACCAUACAGAUGAAACUCGCGCAGAGACAUGUUCAACGGAAUUAAAUACAGUUUUGUAUAGGGAUGCACAAUAUAUCUGGCUGAUAAUGGGAAAUUUAUAUUAUUAUUUAUUAUUCAAAUUAUUUAUUAAUCAAAUUGUAACUGAAAAAUAGAGCCGAUAAUACAAAGCCAUAUUGCUUUCAUCGGCCGCACUUAGAGAACACAAAGAAGAAGAAGAAGACGAAGAGCAAGCUCAGCAUGCUGACUAAAGAGCCAAACAUGUUGUCACCAGUUUGGACGUUUCUCACAGUUUUAGAGGAAGAUAACGCAGUUGUGUCGGGGGUGUCUUUCCUUUCUGUUGCUACAGUUACACUGGUUAGAUGCAGCGCUGAAGGACUGUCCCCAGAGCCACAGCCAUCAGCACGCCUGGGGACCCGCACACAAUGCACCAAACCCUGAUCUCUGUCCCUGUGGGCGGUGGGCCCACAGGGCAUCUGAUCAGGAUGCCUCCUGGGUGCCUCACUGGAGGUGUUUUGGGGCACGUCCCACUGGUGUGUAUAAAAUACAGGCUAUGGACUUCCUUUGAAAUAUAGAAACGUGAAAUUAUCGGUUGUCUUAUUGGUAUCGGCCAAAAGAAGAAGGCAGUUAUUGGAAAAAAUCCAUAUUGUGCAUCUCUACUUUUGUAGUAGCUACAUCUCUGUCACUGAGUGUACAUUUUUACAAUAAAGUUGAGAUGUCAGUA